UCGUUUUGACACAAAAGCUGACGAAGAAGGCAGGUGCCACUUCUAAACCCUUCUUAAACCCUAGCUCCUCCUCUCUUGCCUCUAAGAAAGAAAAUAAAAAAAUUCACAGAACUCGUUCAAUCAUUCAGUACUCUGACUUCAUUCUUGGACUCCCUAUGCUGGCAUAAUGCUACCUCACUACAAUUCGUUUCCUCACAAUUCCAACCAAGUUCACGUCAAUGGUAGCUCUGCUCCACCUCACCAGAUACAGCCUCAAUUGGGUAUCAAGAAUAAUCAAGUUCCAAUCCCGUUCAGUAAUGCUAAUGCACAUUUAAGCAAUGGGCAUGGAGGGGCCAUGCCCAAUAUGCCACCUUCCAUGAUAGCUCAACCCAAUUUCAUGGGUGUACCUAACAACCUUCAUCCUAUGCAAAGUAACCAUCUGGGUAUGCCUCAAUUCGGUUCUGUUGGUCCUACAUCUCAACCAGGUCAGCCCCAUGUUGGAUUUUUCGGUUCACAAAAUAAUGCACACGGUAUGAACUCCUUUGCUUCCUUUCCGCUUCAUGGGCAAUUCUGCAAUUUGGUGCAGAAUGUGAAUCAAGCGGUUUCAUCGCAGCCGCCUGGGCAAUUACUUGGGCAUAACCUGUUAAAAUUACCACAACAGAUCAACCAAAAUAUGGGUUUGCCAUAUGGACAAUUCUGUUUGCCAAAUCCAUUGCAAAAUAUGAAUCAAUUUGUGCAAAUGCAAAUGCAUAAUCCAUCCCAACUUGGUCCUAAUUAUGCUUUUGCGGGAUUGAAUCAAGCACCUCAGGCUACAGUUUCUCAAAAUUCCCCCUUUUUUCCAACCCAUCAGUUCGGUAAUGGGCAUUCUAAUCAGGCAGGCCAGCAAGUUAACCAGAAUCAGCAAAACUUGGUUCUGCCUGCAAUGCAAGGGGCACAGUUUGGUAAUGCGUAUUCUAAUCAGGCAGGCCAGCAAGUUAACCAGAAUCAGCAAAACUCGGUUCUGCCUGCAAAGCAAGGGACACAGUUUUUUCAGGAAAAUCAUACGAACACUGGUGGUGUUUACAGUUCAAAUACCAAUUGGAAACAUUCACCAAGCAAAAGCUUUACAAAGCAUCCGAAAAGAGGGGUGCAGCCACAAGGGGGAUUUCAGAAUUCUCAGUUCCAUCAUAUGAAAAAUGCAAAGGGAAAGUUUGCUUUUCCUAACGGGAACAAAGGAAAAGGGUUGAUAAAUGAGAGCAAAGGAAAGUUUACAAACCAAGGCGGGGAAAGGAAAAGAUCUCUUUCUUUGCCCUAUACUGAACAAGAGAUUCAGCGGUGGCGUGAAGAACGUAGAAGGCACUACCCAUCAAAAUCCAACAUAGAGAAGAAGCUACGUGAAAAGCUGAUAACCUCAGAGGUCAUUGAGAGAGAGGCCAAAAUGCGACGAGAGCAACUGAAGGAGAUUCUUACAAAGCAGGCUGAGUUGGGAGUUGAAGUUGCUGAAAUACCAUCAUACUACCUUGAAGAUUCAAAUCAAGGGCAUAGAAGAGAAGACAAUAAGUCUUUCACUAAGAAGGGGAGAUUACCAAACAAUUUUGGUAAGAGGGGAAAAUAUGAUAAAAAGGAUCGGUUUGCCAAGAGGCAAAAAUCUCAUCACAAGGAUUCAUCUAAUGACCCUUCUUUCAGCAAAAGGGAGCCAACCUUACUGCAGAAGCUUCUAAGUGCAGAUAUAAAGAGAGAUAGAAGCCGUCUGCUGCAGGUGUUUAGGUUCAUGGUGACAAACUCUUUCUUCAAAGAUUGUCCUGACAAACCUUUGAAAUUUCCUACGGUAGCAGUUAAAGAAAGUGGGUGCAAUGAAGACAUGGCUGAAGAACUGUCUUCACUUGCAGCGAAAGAGGCUUCUAAAGGUAGUGUCAAUUCCAUGGUUGAAAUAGUUCAUAACAAUGAUUAUGAAUAUCAUAAUGAUGUUUGUAAUUAUGAUGAUGGUGGUGAUGAAGAUGAUGAAGAAGAAGGGGGAAUUGAGAGAGCCGAGGAAGAAGAGGGAGAAAUCAUAAACUAGAUAUGCUACCUGAGUUGGUUAGUUUUUACACAAGCGACAUUGGGGGAGACGAAUCGUACAUUGGACUUCA